CUAGCUCAAUGCUAUAACCUUAGCUCGACGUUAGCCACCGGCCGGCUAAGCUACAUGCUUCAGUGUGUUCGCUUUGCUCAUGAGUUGCUAAACAUCAGUCACCGGCCGGCUAGUUAGCUAAAUCACUUGCCUUUGUCUAAAGCACAUGCCCUGUCGAUCAACGACAGCUGUGCUUGUUUUAUCAACAAAGCGAAGGCCCGACAUAGAUUUAUUUUAAUCUAUUUCUGAGACGCUAACGGGUAUUUCGCAAGCAGAUUUGUGAAUUUUGGGGAGAGAGGCGCAGCAAACUGGAGUCGGAUCAAUUCCAACACACAUCUCUGAGUGUCAACACAUCCUCCGACGUGUCCCAGAUCCUGGGAUGUGAAGGAUGUCUGAGCUCACAGUUUUCCUUCAGCAUCUUCAGGUCGACGGGAUGACACGACUGUAGCAUCGGUGGUUCCUUCAUAGCCGUCUCCAUAACCCCAGCGCAGCAGUCACACAGUCUCAAAGCCGCCUCCGUCACCACCGCGCUGUCCAGCCACCAGGUCAAGAUGCCCUGGCCGUUUUCAGAGUCCAUCAAAAAGCGGGCCUGCAGGUACCUCCUGCAUCGGUACCUGGGGAAUUUCCUGCAGGAGAAACUGAGCUUGGAUCAGCUCAGCCUUGAUCUUUAUCAAGGCACUGGGUCCCUUGCACAAGUGCCGCUGGAUAAAUGGUCUCUAAAUGAGCUCCUAGAGACAGCGGAUGCCCCUUUUGAGGUGAUCGCAGGCUUCAUCCAGACAAUAUCUCUGACCGUUCCAUGGGCAACGCUGCUACAGGAAAACUGCGCCCUGGAGGUCAAGGGUUUGGAGAUGGUGCUAAGGCCGAGACCUAGAGCGGCGUCUGGUACGGAGCCCAUGUACUGGUCCAGUUUCAUGACAAGCAGCAUGCAGCUUGCCAAGGAAUGCCUGAGUCAAAAACUCACCGAUGACAUGGGAGAAAGCUUUCAGCCUUUUGAAGGAUUAGAGAAAUUUGCAGAGACAAUAGAAACAGUUCUGCGACGAGUCAAAGUGACGUUUCUGGAGACCGUUCUCCGAGUCGAACACAUUCCAGAAAAUUCUAAAACUGGAAUUGCGCUUGAAAUUCGAAUCAGGAAGAUCGUGUACUGCGACGAAACGGGGGAAGAGAGCCCGAGUGUAAAUGUGCACCAGCCGACCACUUUCGCCCACAAAAACAUGCAGAUGGAAGGAAUCUCUGUAUUCUGGGACGAGUUCUCAGUCGUGUCUCGCGACUGCCGGUCCUCACCCACCCCUUCGGAGACCGAGCCAAAGCUCUCCCCCAGCUGGAAUCCCAAAAUCAUAUGCGAGCCUCAUCCACAGUUCACAGAGCCGCCGUCCUCCACAGCACCCUUUGAGACUGUCCAAGUUGGAAGCCUCAGUGGUAAAAUUGAGCUGUCCCUCACCCUGAAAAACAACCUGGCCCUGCCUGGUGCAAAGUUGGAUGUUGUUGGACACAUUGAUACGGUGCUUGUGCUGCUGUCCCCGCGCCAAGUUCAUCUACUCUUGGAUUUGUUUGGAGCUUUUUCUUCUGGAGGUGCGCAGGAAUGGAGUAAGGACAGAAAAAACCGUCCCAUGCAACAGGAGGAUGAGUAUCGUCUCCAUUUGGAACUGAACCGGUGUCUGAAGAAAGACGGCGCCGCUCCCGGAGCAGACCCAGACCUCUUUGACAGCCAGACCACCAGAACUGUGUCGAGUCGAGACGAUGUGUUCUUCUCCAUGGCUGACAUGGACAUGUCUCACAGCUUAUCAUCCCUCCCUCCUCUUGGAGAACCGCCCACAGUCGACUUGGACCUGUCUCUCAACAGCAACUACUCCGCCUCACCUGUAGAGUCUCCAUCUGGAAAUGCAGCUGUGUGGGAUGACUAUAUGGAGGUACCACGACAAAGAGAGAAGCGGACGAGUGAAUCCUCCGCCCAGUCACGAGACUCACAGCUCCCUCAGAAACUGCUCAGACAAGCCUCGCAUUCAUCCAAAACGCACGGCGAUGAGUCGAGGCCAGAGUUGGUGUUAAAGUUGUCGCUGAGCGGCUUCGCCGUCUCCGUCCUCCACAUCGACCCGCUGCCGCCGCCGCAUGCCGCCCCGAGCGCCGUCGGCGCCGUGGCUGGACAUUUCUUCAGCGCUCAGGGUCCGGGCCAGCUUUCUGCGGAUGCUUUCCUUCAGUCGCGUUCGACGUUUGAUCAGGCUUGUCCCCAUGAUCAUCUACGGUUUGUCGGUCAGGGUUUGAAGAUAAGCUAUGAGCACUGUCAGGGGUCCAGCCUGCGCACCUUCAGGACGGACAUCUCCCUAAACCAGAUGGAGUUCGUAGAGUGUCUGUUCCCUUCUGGACCUCCUGUCGGCGGCAGCCAAAGAGGAAUCCAGUACACCGAGCUCCUGACGUUUGAGACCCCAGCCGGUGACGACGCGUCCCCUUCCACCUGCCUUCACCUGCUCUACAAACUGGCUGAGCGAAGAGGUCCUCAGGCAGGCCAGGUGCGUCUCAGCACGAUUCCCAGGAAAGCCGAGAUCCGGGUGGAGCUGGGCGCCGUCCGCUCCGAGCUGGACAUCAGCAUCGUGGACCGCCUCAACUCUCUGCUGCAGCCUCAGAAACUAGCAGCCACCGAGAUGAUGGCCUCCCACUUGUAUACGUCUUACAACAAACACGUCAGCUUGCACAAGGCCUUUGCGGAGGUUUUCCUGGAUGACACCCACACACCGUCCAACUGUCACAUAUCGCUGACGGUGAACGCGCCCGUGCUCCGCCUCGCCGUGCUCUUCCCCAUCCCGGACCUGCGUUCAGAUCAGGAGCGAGGGCCCUGGUUCAAGAAGUCCCUGCAGAAAGAAGUGCUUCUUCUGGAGCUGGAGGACCUGGAAGUGAAAACGGAGUUCAUGGGCGGAAGCUCGCCCAACCAAACCAAGAUGGAGCUCACCUUCAAGGAGCUUACAGGAAAGUUCCAGGAGGAGCCGGAUCAAGCGGCGGCCCGUUUCAUCCGAGUGUCCCACAACAUGGAAGGAGACAUGAUGACGUCUGAAAGCGUGAAAUUCGACUGGCCGAGGGUUGUCCUGAAGAUGAAUCCCACCGCGGUGCACUCCAUCCUGGAGCGGGUGACUGCUGAAGAUGAUGAGGGGGCUGAAGACCAUUCACUGGAGGAGGAGGAAGAGGAGGAGGGGGCCGCUCAUUCGCUGAAGGACGUGUGUGACUUUGGAAAACCCGAGCCGUCACCUUUUUCUUCACGUAGGGUCAUGUAUGAAAACGAAGAGAUGAUCAUUCCUGGCGAUGUUGGCGAGAUGACAGAGUUCCAGGAAAAGACCACGAACAACUCUCGAUUCGUCCUCGAGCUUUGUUUCCCGAACGUGCAACUGGCGCUGCCCGGCAAGGCUUUCUAUGAAAAGCUGCACAACAGGAUAAGCAAUGACCUCCUGCUGUGGGAGCCCACGGCUCCGUCCCCAGUGGAAACCGUAGAAAACAUGCCGUAUGGAGUCGGGCUCUCUGUCGCCAGCCAGUUGAUCGACACUUACUCCAAAGACAGCUUUAGCCAGUUUCGCUCUACUGGACCCGAGGAGGAGACCAGUGGGUCAGAAGAGGAGAAUUUGCAUUACUACUCUCCUGCCUCGGAUUUAGGCUUCAGAUCUCGGAAGAAGAAAAAGACCAAAUCCCACGCCAAGACCUCCCAGAGCCUCUUCUCUGUCAUCCUUAGUGUCAAUCAUGGGUUAGUGGCUCUUCAGACAAAUGCUAAGAAAGAAGAUAAAUCUUUACUAAAAAACAAACACGCCGAGUUCUGGAUUGAGGUGAAAAAUGCCGUUUUGUUCAGCGUCAGUCAGUAUGAAGGCUUCAAGGACCAACACUACAUUUGCUUUCAUACCAGCAGCAUUUGCAUGUAUCACCAAGGACUGUUGGAUGGCGGGACGCAUGUCUUGGACAUCAAGUUGCCAUGCAGGACACAUCCCCACUGGCUGGAGCCGACCAUCUACCAAUCAGAGAGCUCUUCAGAAAGGUCCUCCACACCCUCUGAGGGUAUCGGUCUGGAGGCCCGCAGCAUGGUGUCUGUCGCCGUCAAAAUCUCAACCCAGAGCGCAGAACGCAACAUCAAGGAGUUUCUGGUUGCUGUUGGAGUGAGAGGAGCCACACUGCAGCACAGAGUGGUCCCACCCAACCUGGGCUGGUAUGACCAGAUCGUUGACUUUCUGAAUGUUUCGGCUGAACCCGUGUUGGGUUACGCCCCUCCCAUGUCUAUCACUACCCUACAUUUACACCUUUGGAGCUGCUCAUUAGACUACAGGCCUCUCUACCUGCCGCUCAGAUCUUUGGUGUUUGUAGAAACGUUUAGCAUCUCCAGCAGCGUCUCAUUAGACAAUUCAUCUUCAACCUUAAGGAUCAUUUUGGACGAAGCUGCUCUGUUCCUCUCAGACAAGAAUAAUGCGGUUUCUGUCAAUCUUGCGCGGGACUAUGUCCAGGUUGUAGACAUGGGUACACUGGAGUUGAGGAUUACAGCAGUCAAACCUGGAGCAGAUGGAAAAUUGUCAGAGCCCAGAUUUGAGCUACGCUGCUCCAGUGACGUGAUUCACAUCAGAACGUGUUCAGACUCCUGCGCUGCCCUGAUGAACCUCAUCCAGUAUGUGGCCAGCUACGGAGACCUAAUGCCUCCAGAGGAACUAGAGACCAGGCGCAGCAGCAGCAGCACACAAAAAAACAAGGCGGAGGUUCCCAGCAGGCCGACUUCUCAGAUCCCGCUGCUUGCUGAGAAUGAGCAGCAGAUGCUGCAGGACCUGAUGAGUGAAGCCAUGGAGGAGACCGAUGGGCAGCAGGUGCCUUGCCCACAACAAAAUGGUUCCCAUGAGGAGCAGACUCAGGACCAUGACCCGCCUCGCUCAGACCUGUUCCUGUUCCCUGAUGAGAGCGGGAAUCUAAGCCAAGAAGCAAGUCCCACCUACCCCAUCCUCCCUUCUCCUCUCAUCACGCCUGCUCCCAACCUCGCCCAAGAGACCGACGACUUUUGCAUUUUGGAAACUCCCGAUUCCAGAGGAGACGAUCAAGACCAGGAGCCAGUGGUAAAACGGCUUACCUCGCAUCCAGUGGAAAUCAAAGACAACCACUUUAAUCAGCCCCUGGAAGGGAGUGAUUCCAGUCGUGGAGCCAUGAAUUUUCCCAUCCCAGAAGUCCGCUACCUCAUCAGGGAGAUAUCUGUCAUCUGGCAUCUUUAUGGAGGAAAAGACUUUGGGAGUGUGACAUGCAUUGCUUCACCUGCUAAAAGCCGCGGAUCUACUCCUCACAGCUCCCCGUCUCAAACUCCAGUUAGACAAGUGAAGAGUUUGGGGCGGAUUGGAGGCGGAAGAGGAAGGAACCCUGAUGUCCUGAUGGAAAUCCAACUCAGCAAGGUGAGAUUUCAGCAUGAGGUGUAUCCACAGUCCACCGUAGCAUCUCAUCCAGCGAUGGACCAGCCAGCUUCUCGGCAGGUGUUUGUUGUGCAGGACCUGGAGAUUCGGGACCGACUUGCUACCUCACAGAUGAACAAGUUCCUUUACUUGUACUCUAGCAAGGAAAUGCCUCGAAAAGCCCAUUCAAACAUGUUGACGGUUAAGGCUUUGCACACGUGUCCCGAGUCAGGCCAGGCUCCUCCUGAGUGUUCCUUACGAGUUUCCCUAAUGCCUCUUCGCCUCAAUAUCGAUCAGGAUGCGCUGUUCUUCUUGAAGGACUUUUUUAGUAGUCUUGCAAACGAAGUUGAGUUUUUCUCCCCUCCCGUUCAAGAAACUGUUUGUGCUACGACGAAGAAAGCUCCUGCCCCAGAGAUCUCCUGCAGCUUCUCCAAGCAGACUCCUGGCAGCCAGGAUCCAGCCCCGAUCAUCUCAGUUCCUGCUCAGAGGCACGUCACCGUCAACAGUUUCUCAACAUCGGGCAGGGAGGAAAUGAACGAUGGCGAAGCUUCUUCCUCUCACUUUUCAGACCAGCCGAUCUUCUUUAGGGAGUUUCGUUUCACCUGUGAGGUUCCAAUUCGACUGGAUUACCACGGGAAACAUGUACUGAUGGAUCAGGGAACGUUUGCAGGAAUCAUCUUCGGUCUGACGCAGCUGAAUUGUUCAGAACUAAAACUGAGGCAGCUGUGCUAUAGACAAGGACUACUUGGUGUGGAUAAGCUGUUUUCUUAUGCAAUAAACGAGUGGCUAAAUGACAUAAAGACCAAUCAGCUUCAAGGAAUACUAAGUGGCGUGGCGCCUAUUCACACUCUGGUGAAACUGGUUCACGGCCUCAGGGACCUGGUUUGGCUCCCUAUUGAGCAGUACAGGAAGGAUGGUCGGAUAGUCCGGGGAUUUCAGCGCGGCACGGCCUCCUUUGGGACCUCCACAGCCAUGGCUGCCUUAGAGCUCACGAACCGGAUGGUGCGGACCAUUCAGGCAGCGGCUGAGACAGCUUACGACAUGGUUUCUCCAGUACCUGACGAGAGAGAUGCAAAGAGGGUAAAACGGUACUCCCAUUAUGGCCUGGCUCAUCAGCCUGUCGACCUGCGGGAAGGUGUAGCCAAAGCUUAUACUGUGGUGAAAGAGGGCAUCACAGACACCGCUCUGACCCUUUACGACACGGCAACACGGGAGCACGAACAGCGCGGGAUGACGGGAGCAGUCGGAGGAGUCCUCCGCCAGCUGCCACCAGCAGUAGUCAAGCCCCUCAUUAUGGCCACUGAAGCCACGUCUAACGUCUUGGGCGGGAUGAGGAACCAGAUUCAUCCCGACGCACGUCAGGAGGAGUCACAGAAAUGGAGGCACGAGGAGGAGUGAUUCUUAUUGCUAUGAAACCGUGCAGCGGCUGCAGGCAGGAACUUAUUUUGUGUUUGGAGAAAGGCUGGCAGUGACUCCUGGUGUAAAUAAAACAGUCUCAUCUUGUGGCGGUGUGACCCAAUGCCAUCCACCUAACGGCCCCCUCACAGUGCCUUCAUGGUCAUCAGCGGUGUCCACUGUUUUGCUCAAUAAAUGGAUAUAUAAGUGAUAAAUGUGCAAGCCACAUAUCAUUCUAAUCUGACUUAAGUUCGGUCAAAUUAAAAUGCAGAAUUGUGAGAGCCAGCUCAUCUCAUUAGCUUCCUUUUCAAGCAGCUCUGUUUACAAAUAGUGUUCUUAUCCUACUUGGUGUCAAAAAACACUAGUGUAAGGUUUAAUUUAUUAUAUGUAUUAUAUGUUGCCCUUAUUUACUGUAAAUAUUCCAAAUCUGUAAUUUCUGCAAAUGGAUGACAACAAGGACAUAAACUGAAUGUGUCAAAGGUGUGUAAAGUUAUUUAAUAAGCACUUUUAAGUGACUUUGAAGGGUUACAUGUCCAAAUAAACAGAUAAGAAAGGUAACCCGAACAUAUUGUACAGCUGCACAGAUUUAUUUUGAAAAGUAAGGUGUGCUAUUUUCACAAAAGCUGCUAUUCAGAAACUCACUUUUAAAGGAUUUUAAAAUCGGAGGGUUGUGCAGCUCGUCACAUAAACAAUGCAUCUACAUCUCUAAUGUCUUAUUGUCAGCUGUUUUUAUUUAAGUGAAUGAAUAUGGAUGUUGUGAUGAUUUGCAUUACACACUUUAGAUUUGCUUUCUUUUUUUGUUUAUGUGGAAAGAAUAUUUUUUCUUGGGCAUAAGUGUAAUGUUUGUUAACUACUAAAUAGGCGAAAGCUAAAUAAAAAAAAAAAACGGUUCAGAACAGAA